UCGAUUCUAAUCUUUCUGUCUGCGGACGCUUCCCCGCCUUCAACUUCGCAGUACGGUCGCUCGCUCGCUAGCUCCGUGAAACCUAAUCUCUCUCGAUCUCGUCUCCGUCUUCCUCUCCUCUCGAUCCGAACUGCAAAUGGGCAACCGCACCUCCCGCCGCCACAAGGAGCCUCCUCCUUCCCCCACCCCUGCCCGUCCCCACCCUCGCCACAACCCCCAUGCCGCCGCCGCCGCCGCUCCCUCCACCUACUCUCACCGAGCCCCUUCCGUCCCCCGCCCCGUCGCAUCCGAUGUUGGCCGCGUCCUCGGCCGGCCAAUGGAGGACGUCCGCGCCAUUUACACCUUCGGGCGCGAACUCGGCCGGGGCCAGUUCGGAGUCACCUAUCUGGUCACCCACCGCGAGACCGGGCAGCAGUUCGCCUGCAAGUCCAUUGCCACACGGAAGCUCGUCCGCCAAGACGACCUCGAGGACGUCCGCAGGGAGAUCCAGAUCAUGCACCACCUCACUGGCCACCGCAACAUCGUGGAGCUCAAGGGGGCCUACGAGGACCGGCACUCCGUCAACCUCGUGAUGGAGCUCUGCGAGGGCGGGGAGCUCUUUGACAGGAUCAUCACCAAGGGCCAUUACUCCGAGCGCGCGGCCGCUGCUCUCUGCCGAGAGAUCGUUAACGUUGUCCAUGCCUGUCACUCCAUGGGCGUCAUGCACCGGGAUCUCAAGCCGGAGAAUUUUUUGUUCUUGAACAAGAAAGAGGAAUCGCCGCUCAAGGCUACUGAUUUUGGACUGUCCGUUUUCUUUAAGCCCGGAGAAGUAUUUAAAGAUCUUGUUGGAAGUGCUUAUUAUGUUGCUCCUGAAGUAUUGCGGCGUCAUUAUGGAGCAGAAGCUGACAUAUGGAGUGCUGGAGUGAUACUUUACAUUCUUCUUUGUGGUGUCCCUCCUUUUUGGGCAGAUAAUGAGGAUGGAAUAUUUGAUGCUAUAUUACUCGGUCAUAUUGAUUUUUCAUCUGAUCCUUGGCCUUCUAUAUCAAGUGGUGCUAAAGAACUGGUGAAAAAAAUGUUAAGACCAGAUCCUAAGGAACGACUUAGUGCCGCUGAAAUUCUCAACCAUCCAUGGAUGAAAGGAGAUGGUGCUCCUGAUAAGCCACUUGAUCUUACAGUCUUGAAUAGAAUGAAGCAAUUCAGGGCCAUGAACAAGCUGAAGAAAGUGGCUCUGAAGGUUAUAGCAGAAAGCUUGUCAGAAGAUGAAAUCAUGGGUUUAAAAGAGAUUUUCAAAUCAAUUGACACUGACAAUAGUGGGACAAUAACAUAUGAAGAACUAAAGGCAGGCUUACCCAAAUUGGGUAAUUUGGGCAUCAAGAUUUCUGAAUCAGAAGUUAGGCAGUUGAUGGAAGCAGCCGAUGUUGAUGGAAAUGGGGCCAUUGAUUAUAUUGAAUUCAUAACGGCUACCAUGCACAUGAACAGAAUGGAAAGGGAAGAUCAUUUAUACAAAGCAUUUGAGUAUUUCGAUGAAGACAAGAGCGGGUACAUAACCGUUGAGGAAUUGGAGCAAGCUCUCAAGAAGUAUAACAUGGGUGAUGAGAAAACAAUAAAAGAAAUAAUUGCAGAAGUUGACACGGAUAAGGAUGGAAGAAUCAAUUACGAUGAGUUUGUAACUAUGAUGAGAAAAGACACUUCAGAGCCCAUCAAAUCUAGGCUGCGUAAAUAAAGAUGAUACUGAUACUUGGGCGAUUGCGUUCUCAUGAGCUUGUGGCUGCUUGUGGAAGGUUUGCUGGGAAUUUGCUGAAGUGUAUCAGUUUCUAGUUUAGUUUGGAGGAGUUUAGUGUCUCUUAAGCACGUUUAAGUUAUGGUGGCAACUGCGGAGUGCGGACCGGCGUGCGGACCAGUCCGCGUUCAAGCCUUCUCUUUCACUAUUUUUAAUUUCACGGAAUAAAUAAGGAAUAGGAAAAUUAUUCCCAUUCUUAUUCUAUGUUA